CUUAAAACUGCUUUAGAAAGAAAGGUGAAACCUGACGAGUCUCCCUAACCCCAUAAGUCUAGAAAGCCAUCAUCAACAUUCAACAGCGUGUGGAUGGCUACGGGCACAAUCAUAUCUCUCUAAGCCAUCUCUCUCUCUCUCUCUCUCUCUCUCUCUCUGAAUCUAUCAACAACAUAUCCCUUCUUUUGAUACAGGUUUCAGAAUUUCUUGAUUUAUUCAGUUGUAUUAUAAUCACUGCAUCCUCUUUUUCUUGUUAUAUUUUUGAUUGAGAUAUACUUAUCAAAUAUCAUUACUACUAUUGUUUGAAUGAUAUAUAGCAUCCUAUUUUGUUGUAAUUGAAUUUUUAGACUGGAGAUUGGUAUCUCUUGUCCUCAAAGAAAAGAACCUUUUGCAUCAACUUAGGAACUGUUCAUCUUUCUAUUGAGCAGUACUAGAGCUCUCUUGUAAAGGAAAAAAAAAAGUUGUUUGUUUUAAAUUACCACACAAAUUACUAGUAGUUCUUCUAAAAUGAAGGCUCCAAAAGAAAACUCAAUAAUCGCAGUUUCCAAGCUUUUCAAUAAUGCCCAGUUACAGCUACAAAAAAUUCUUUUUUAUUUCCUCCUCUUUGCUUUUGGUUUGACCUUUGGUGUCAUACUUAGUUUCUACCUCAAAAACUUCUCCUUUAAUCUACAAUUCGCCAAAUUCUCGUUUUCCGCUAAUUCAACAUCAUCGCAAUUUCUAGUGCCCAAUUUGAAAGCUGAAGUUGGUCACAUAGGAUUGACAGAGUACCUAAAACUGCCUAAAGUCAUGCAUGACAUGGAUGAUGAAGAAUUGCUAUGGAGAGCUUCAAUGGCUCCUCAGAUUCGUAAGUAUCCAUUUAAUCGAGUUCCCAAGGUUGCUUUCUUAUUCUUGGCAAAGGGUCCUGUUAUAAUGGCUCCUCUGUGGGAGAAAUUCUUUAAGGGGCAUGAAGGCUUGUACUCAAUUUAUGUGCAUUCAAGUCCAUCUUAUAAUGAAUCAGUGGCAGAAAGUCCAGUGUUUCGUGGCCGAAGAAUUCCUAGUCAGGAAGUUGGAUGGGGUCAGGUGAACAUGAUUGAGGCUGAGCGCCGCUUACUAGCAAAUGCACUCCUUGAUUUCUCAAACCAACGUUUUGUACUUCUCUCAGAGGCAUGCAUUCCUCUCUUCAACUUCUCCAUGGUUUACUCUUACCUCAUAAACUCCUCCCAAAAUUUUGUAAUGGCCUAUGAUGAGAUUAGCCCCGUUGGACGUGGACGAUAUAAUCCCCACAUGUACCCAAAAAUCACAGUUAGGCAAUGGAGAAAAGGGUCCCAAUGGUUCGAAAUGGAUCGAGACCUCGCCAUUGAAGUCGUGUCUGAUCGAGAAUAUUUCCCAGUUUUUCAGAAGCAUUGCCAUGGUGGAUGUUAUGCUGAUGAACAUUAUUUACCGACAUUUGUGAGUAUAAGGUUUUGGGAGAACAAUUCAAAUAGGAGUUUGACUUGGGUUGAUUGGUCAAGGCGUGGACCACACCCAGCUGAGUAUCAAAGAACACAAGUGACCCCUGCGUUUUUGAAGGCAUUGAGGAGUGGAAGUUUGUGUGAGUAUAAUGGAAGUAUAACAAAUAUUUGCUUCUUGUUUGCGAGGAAGUUUCCACAUGCUACUUUGGAAAGGCUGUUGAAGUUUGCACCAAAGGUCAUGCACUUCAACAGCUAGCUAGGUUUAGAUAUAUCAAUACCAUUUGUUAUUCAUUCAAUUGUAUUAAUUCUAUAGUA